CUUGUCCCCUCCUCCUGCCACUCUCCCCCUCCUCCUCUGUUCUGCCUCUCAUAAAAUCAUUCAACUCAGCCCUUCCUCACAUCCGAAAAUAAAAAAUGGUGUCUCUCUCAGCAUCUUCUGUUCAACUCUUCAUCCUCGUCGUCCUCCUCAGUUCACUUACACUCCACGAAGCCACCACCGUGUGCUACUCCGUUAACAACUCUCUCAUACUUCCUCCCUCUGAGAUCUUCUUCUCCCUCCAAACACUGCCUCUUGAUGGCUCCAUCGCCUUAUAUAGCCAUCCUUUUGAACAGGUAGCUGCCAGAGACUUCGGCAACAUUUACCAUUUUCCUCCACUCGCAGUUCUCAAUCCGAACACUGUCUCUGAUAUUUCACUCAUCAUCAAGCUCGUCUCCGAGAUGGGCUCUGCCUCUGGCUUCAAAAUCGCCGCCAGAGGCCAUGGCCAUUCAAUUCAGGGCCAGGCACAAGCACAUCAAGGCUUGGUCAUUAACAUGGAGUCCCUGCGAGAACCAGAAACAAUGCAAGUGAAGUACAUCAGACGAGGGCUUGUCGGGUUGCCGUAUGUGGAAGUUUCAGGGGGAGAGCUGUGGAUAAACAUACUGCAUGAGACAUUGAAACAUGGGUUGGCUCCGAAAUCUUGGACUGAUUACCUUCACCUUACUGUUGGUGGAACCCUGUCCAAUGCCGGAAUAAGUGGCCAAGCUUUCCGCCAUGGACCCCAGAUUAAUAACGUGUUCCAGCUGGAAGUCGUCACAGGAAAAGGAGAGGUGGUGACCUGCUCAGAAACCCAAAACGCAGACUUAUUUUACGGGGUCCUGGGAGGGCUUGGCCAAUUUGGCAUAAUCACCAAGGCUCGUAUUUCUCUUGAACCAGCACCAAAGAUGGUGAAAUGGAUUAGAGCGCUGUAUUCAGAUUUCUCCGUGUUCGCCAGGGAUCAAGAGUAUUUAAUAUCAAUUGAAAACACAUUUGAUUAUAUUGAAGGAUUCGUGAUCAUAAAUAGAACCGGCAUCCUCAAUAGCUGGAGAUCUUCCUUCAGUCUGAAAGAGCCACUUCAAGUCAGCCAAUUCGAUUCAGAUGGAAGGACCUUUUAUUGUCUGGAAAUGGCAAAAUACUUCAACCCAGAAGAAUCUGAAGCCAUGAAUCAGAGCGUCGAGCAUCUUUUGUCAGAACUGAGUUAUAUUCCCUCCACAAUCUUCCUGACAGAAGUUUCUUACGUGGAGUUCCUGGAUAGGGUCCAUGCUUCUGAAAUGAAGUUGAGAGCAAAGGGAUUAUGGGAUGUUCCCCAUCCUUGGCUGAAUCUUUUCAUUCCGAGGAGCAAAAUUCACGACUUCAAUCAAGAGGUGUUUGGCAAAAUCCUUACAGAUUCAAGUAAUGGUCCCAUUCUCAUUUACCCCGUCAACCAAACAAGGUGGAACGGUAAAACCUCUUUGGUUACACCAGAGGAAGAUGUUUUCUACGUAGUAGCAUUCCUGCCCUCUGCAGUCCCAAAUUCUGUAGGCAAAGACAGCUUGGAAAACCUACUGAACCAAAAUAAACGGAUCGUAGAAUUCUGUACCAGUGCUCGUUUAGGAGCGAAGCAAUAUCUUCCCCACUACACCACCAAAGAUGAAUGGCAAGCCCACUUUGGGUCUAGAUGGGAAGCAUUCUUCCAAAGAAAGUUAGCGUAUGACCCACUCGCACUUCUCGCCCCAGGGCACAGAAUCUUUGAAAACGCAAUCUCAACUUCCUGUUAAGAAUGUCAUGCUGUAAAUUUGUUUAUAAUUAAUAUUAAUAUUUUAUAUGCUUCUCAGAAGUUAA